AUGCUUGUACCGUAUGUUGACGACAUCAGUUCCUUAAAUAUCUUGAUAGAAGACGUUUUCCACAACAUUCAGCAAUAUCCAGAAAAUGUGUCUACCAUGAUGAACCGUGCAAUACUGACACCAAAGAACAGCUUUGUCGAUGAAAUAAAUUCGUUGUUAAUUGGACGGUUCCCAGGAGAAGUCCACCUAUAUUAUAGUAGGGAUGAGACGGUAGAUAAUACUGAGCAAUCGGUAAUGGAGGACUUCUUGAACACUCUAACUCCGAAUGGAUUACCCCCACAUGAAUUAAAACUCAAAAAAAAUUAUCCCAUAAUGCUGCUUAGAAACAUUAAUCCUUCUGAAGGUUUAUGCAAUGGAACACGUUUAAUAUGUCGGGCAUUCGACCAAAAUGUCAUAGAUGCUGAAAUUGCUGAGGGACACCAUAUCGGAAAAAAAGUGUUCAUUCCAAGAAUACCAUUCCUGCCAAAUGUGGAUGAAAAUAGUGGUUUUCCAUUCAAACGAACGCAAUUCCCGAUCAGAUUGAGUUUUGCAAUGACUAUAAAUAAGUCCCAGGGACAAACAUUGGAUUACGUUGGGAUCUAUUUACCACAACCUGUUUUUUCACACGGUCAGUUAUAUGUAGCAAUAUCACGAGCAAAGAUGUCAUCAACAGUUAGAGUCCUGAUCCGACCUGUGUCAACUUCGCAACAAGAUAAGAACUCGACUAAAAACAUCGUGUACACAGAGUUAUUAGCAUUAUCUUGUUUAAGUUAA